AUGCGCGCCAGUUCAGCGCAGGACCUAGCGUCUCGCAUGGAUGGUGUAGAGCCUUCACUCGCUCCUGAGGGUCAUACUCCGGAGCCUUCACCCGCUCCGCCAAGCCCGCAGAGUCAAAGUUCCGAGCUCACUGACGAGAUCACCAUCAACACAAAAGCCAAGUAUGACCUUCGGCCAUCAAAGCUCAAAGGCCAAUGUUUCAGUACGACAUGGAUUGACAAGGACGAGAGUGGCAACUUUGAUCCAGAGUUGGAGAGAAGGCUUUUGUUGCAGCAGCAGCGCAAGAAGCGGAAGAAGCCCGAUAAGGGCAAACGACCGGCCACGACACAUGCGGUCCAGCAGGAUCAAGAGCCGUUCUUUUCCAAAGUUACAGGGCAACUGAAGAAUGCACCCCUCGGCGACAUGAUGGAAGACAUUGACGGUCACGUGGGAGUUUAUACGACGCUACGGACAUCUUUGGCGCACCCGAUCAUCUUCAACCAUGAAGGGCGCGAACCGUGUGACUGGUGCGUCAACAUCAAUCACGGCAUUGGAGGCCUUGGCGAGCGAGAAGUUGAAGUAAUCGAAUGGAGUGAUGGUCUUGGCUACACCGAGACGAUUGGAGGGCACCGCGCCGAGCGAGAUUCAUCCAAGAUGUGUUCCGGCUGCACUUUCGAACGGGUGCAGAUCCUUGUAUGUAACGCACACAGCAUGCAGGAGCUCCCAGACGCCGCCAUUCACGACGAGGGCGCUCUCAUUGCACAGUACGAACGCCUCACCAAAGGCAGACCUUCACCUGCAGAUAAAUGGUGCCAUAUCUGCCUCACACCAGCGUCGUAUGCCUGUUGCGCCCCCCAGGACGAGGCGGAUGAGGAGAACGCGGAGGUAGCAGAGCCGGAAAGCGUGGGCUGCGGGUUGCUGAUGUGCGAGGGGUGCGCAACUAGUUUGAAUUCGGAGCACGAAGGGGACCUCAAGGCUUUCCUAACCGCUAUGGAGACCGAGGAGCGCGAACUAGGCCUACGCGCAGAUUGUGGUUUCCUGGAUCCAGAUUGGCUGUUAAUGAAGAACGUCCUGGCCGAACUUGCGGCUUGA